GCUCAAUUUUGUGAAGUGUUUUACAUAGGAGGAAGAGUGAUUGCAACUGCAGUGACAGUGGCAUACUAAGGGUUGAAAAACAGGAAGUGUUGCACUUGGAGUUUUCAAGUGCAACAGUUCAUACGAUUUGGUCUGCUCACUUAUCAAUAUGGCUCUCUAUCUCAGGAUUCUUUAUAUCAUCACUGGACUAACAGGAGUUCACAGCAUAACUACAGUCAGUAAAGUAUCAGUGAAAACUGGGAAAUCGAUCUCCAUCCCAUGUCUAUAUGGGUCCCAAUACAAAAACCAUGUGAAGUACUUGUGUGAAGGACCUAAAUGGAGAUUCUGCCGCGAUGUAGUAAAAACAAACAAAGCAGACCCUUCAGGAAAAUAUUCAAUCUCUGAUGAUAAAAGACAAUUUAUUUUUACUGUAACUAUAAACAAUCUGACAAAUAAAAACACUGAUUACUGGUGUGUGGUGGAGAUUAAUAAUGGACCGGAUUAUGGAGGGCAUUUUCAACUGUCAGUUACCAGAGGUAUCCCCAGACUCUAUGUGGAUCAUCAGAGGAUUACAGGAUACAUUGGAGAAAACAUAACUAUUAGAUGUCACCACAGUAACUCUGGAGAAAUGAAGUGGUGCAGGCUGGGCAGGAACUGUGUGACAGGAUCAUCAGGAUCCAUAGAUGGUGCAGCAGUGACCGCUCAUAUGAGAGACCCAAAUGUUUUCACAGUGACCAUGAGUGGACUAAAGUCAGAGGACAGUGGCUGGUAUUUGUGUGCUGAAGGGGACAUUCAGAUACCAGUAUAUUUAACUGUUACUGAGAAACCAAUCACUACUACUGCCCAUACUUUUACUGGAGAUGGAACAAUUACCACAUUAAAAAAUGAACAACAAAGAGCUUCAUUUGACCUCAAGAUCCUCAUCAUCCCUCUGAGUGUGUUAAUCUUUAUUGUAAUUGUGGUGUUGUUCAUCUGGUUGAUACUGAGACACAAGCAGAGAAAAGCAGACUCAUCAGUCACAGCAAUGGCCAGAGUGGAGGUAGCAUACGCUGAAGUUAGACCCAAGAAAAAACACUUAGGCAAGGUGGACCAGGAAGUAAUAUAUGCCAAUGUGGGAAACAUUAGAAGAAAACCAGCCGAGAUGUCACUUCCUGAAAGUGAUGGGGAAAUCAUGUAUAGUUCAGUUGUUACCAUAAAGAAACAAGAGGGGUGAAGCAAAAGACACAGAAGUUACGUGCAGCACAUUAGCUAAUCACUACUGAAACAUUUAAAUAUUAGAACUUUUGGCCUUUCUAUCUUUUUUAUAUCUACCUUUUACUGGAGUUUUUGCAGGAUACAGUGUUUUCUUUUGCUGUCAGCACAUCGAUCACUGAGCCAUGCAGUAUGCCUACAAUUUAGAAAGAUUUGCAUUCUCCAAAGAGCUCACUGAACUGGUCCAGUAAUGGUAUUGUAAUAGGAUGCGACUGUUGCAAAAAGUCAGUUUGUGAAAUUUCUUCUCGCCUAGGUCUUCCACAAUCAACUCUAAGUUAUGUUAUUGCAACCUGGAAACAUUUUGGAACCACGGCAUCUCAGCAAUGCAUUGGUAGUACAGCAAGAUUGCUGAGUGCUUCAAGGCAUGGGUUUCUAAGUUUCUGACCAGGGUUCUGAGUUUUCCUGGGUUUAACUAUAAUUUGUGGUUUGGAUUUCUCAUGGAUCAUGUUUUUUUGUGUCUUGUUUGCUUUGUUUAGAGUUUUUGCUUUAAUUUAAUCCAUUAUGUUGUAAGACUAGUUUAUUUUAUCUUUUGCACAGAGCUGAUUAUUCAUGUCUUCCAGUUCAUCCAAAUCCUCCCUGUGUUUCCUUGUCUUGUUAAGUCUGUCCCUGUGCCCCAUUUUAUUUACUUCCUGUUUUGCUUUGUAUAAUCUGUUCCUCGUGUGUGUGUGUGUGUUUAGAUUUAUGGACAUUGUUUCCUGCCAUUCAGUUACUUUUCUGUCUGCUAUAAACACACUCUUAAACCUUGUUGAAAGAACGUCCCAGAAGAGUCGAAGCUCUUAUAGUUGCUUAACUGUCAAUUUUGUUUCUGUUCUCCAACAGGGUGAAGGAAAAGGCACAGAAGUUACAUACAGCACACUAGCUACUCUCCACUGAAAUAUUUAAAUGUUAUAACCUUUUUCAUUUUGUGUACCUGUAUUACUGGAGUCUUUGUCAGACAAGUGCUGCAAUGUGUUAUCUGCUCUCAUCAGCUUGUUAUAUGAUUAGUUUUUUCUCACUUUUAACUGUCGUUUAACAAACUAUAUUCCUGCAUAUUUGCAAAAUGAGUCAAAGAAGUGUUUACCUGUUUGCUCUUUUAUCAAGAUCGUUGACAUUAAUCUGUUUUUUUUGUAAUAAAGAAGCAUUGCAAGCAUCAA